AUGGGAUCCUUGGGCCCCACCGUGAGCUUAAGCAUCAUGGCCAAGCCCGGCGGUGGCCAGCAGCCGGAGAUGGAGAGGAAGGAGGGCGGCAGCAGGUGCGGCGGCUGCGGCUUCCGGAUGCCGCUGCACUACCCGCGCUACAACAAGGCGGACUACGAGGCCAUGCCGGAGUGGCGCGUCGACUGCCUGCUCCGCGAGUACGGCCUCCCCGCCGACGGCGACCUCGACAGCAAGCGCCGCUUCGCCAUGGGCGCCUUCCUCUGGCCCGACCAGUACUGA